GUUCACUCCCGACUCAAGCGACGCCAUAAUCUCCAUCCCCUCCACGCACCCCAUUCCAACUGCUCCCGCUCCUCGAUCUCGCUCUCUCAUGGCGACAGCAGCCACAAGUCGGCCCAGCGGCCCGGUGCUGUCCAUACCCAGCUACCGCUCCGCCUCGCCCACCCGCGUCAAGCUUCCCGCCGGUGGCAGCGGCGCCAACCGCUCCCCGGGCAAGUCCGUCAGCGUCUCGUCCCCGUCCUCCACCACCACAAGCCGGCGGUCCUGCAUGUGCUCCUCGACGAACCACCCGGGCUCGUUCCGGUGCAGCCUCCACAAGGAGCGCAACCAGGCGGCCCCCGCCGGGAGCAGCAAGCCCGCCUCCCCGCCGUCCGUCCGCAGCGCCUGCAAUCUGGGCUCGAAGCGCAUGGACAGCGCUCAGUGUGCCCGCAGGGCCCUCGCGCCUCCCCCCUCUGCGCAGCAGUCGCAGCAGCACCGGAGGCGCGCGGGCGGGUUCCGCCCCAGGCCCAGCAGACUCUCCGCCGUCUCCACGGCCGGCGAGCGUCCCAUCAACAAGUACCAGUAAACAAAUCAACGUCGACAUGCCAUAGCAAGAUGCAAGAUACAGUUAGAUGUUUCUGAGUUUUGACCCAAUUUGAUCCCGAUCUGAUCCAUUUUGCUACCUCCUCUCUUGUGUAAUCUGUACAUAGAGUGAGCUCGUCCUGUGCUCUCCGUGGUGUAAAACGAACGCCCUUGAUGUUCGAUAUAACUACAUGAGCGGGUUAUAAAUUGAGACA